GAAAAAAAAAAAAAACUAUAAAUAUAUUAUUUUACAAGAUCGCAUUAAACUGUUUAAUGAAAAGAGAAACAAAUUCAUACAUUUGCGCGUUUUAUGUUAUAAUCAACUACCACACAUCAGCUAAAUAGUUUUGCGGGUUUGUAUUAAAUUAUGCCGCUAAAACAUUAGUGAUAAUAAUAAUAAUAAUAAUAAUACCGAAAAUUUAACGCCACCAUUUAAAUAAUAUUUAAACGUUGCCACCGAAUACAAUGAAGAAAAGAAUUAAAAAGUCUAUUUUUUUAUUUUAUUGCAAAUGAAUAAAACUAUUGCGGAAUUUAUAGAAAGCAUCUCGCGUUCGCACGAAUUAUAUACAUAUAUUUCGAUUUAUUAAUGUAAAGCAAACAAAGCUAGUUAAUAACAACAAUCAACAGUCAGUCUGUGUCUGUGUCAAUCGUAUGCCAAAAACAAUUGUAUAUCUUUUUUCAUAUAAAUCAAGUUUGCGAAAUAUCUAAUAACAACAGCAACAACAACAACAGCAGCAGCAAUAACAAUAGAGAAGGCAGCAUAACAUCGUUCGUCAUCAUUCUAUGUAUAAAAAGGGGGAACGAAAGAGUAUAAAGCGAACGAGUGAGGGAAUAAAUCGAGAUAUCAACGUAAAGUAAAAAACGAAUGUACGAAUGAGGUGGUUGUUCAACAAAAGCAGUACAAAAAGAAGAAGCAUCACACUUAAACAAGCAACAACAAAGCCAACAAUAAUAACACAAUAACAGCAGCAGAAACAAACACAAGCAAAUAAACGGUAAAACGAAGAAGCAGCGAAUACAUGAACUAAAUUUUUACGAAAAUUGAGAAGAAGAGAGAACAAAACCGAACAAAACCAUAUACAAAACUUUUUUGUACUACAAAAAUAACGCAAAGAAGUAUUCAUAUUGGUACGCAAAAUAUAUAACGAAAGAAGGCAAUAUAAAAAUUAAGAAAAUAAUUUGACACAAACUUAUUUCCAACAAUUUCAACUGUUUGAAUAAACGCACAAAAUAUAAGAAAGAUCAAGUUGAGAAAUCUAUAAAAUCAAGCGAAUAUUGUAAAAAUGCUCGAAAUUAUAGAGAAUAGAAGAACGGCUGCGUGAGCCCCAACAAGAAAGCAGAGGAUAGCGGCAGCAGUACGAUAUAAUAAGCAAAAAGUGAGCGCCAAUUAAAUUAAAAGUUGAUUUUUUGACGAAUACAGUUAAAAUUUAUAAGAUUACAGUAAUAUACACAACAUAACACAAAAUCAUUAGUUGAUAGACUUCAGUAGCGCAAAAGGAACUGCAGGAAAACUGAAAUCUAGGACUAGAAAGGGAAGACCGAAAGGAGUCGUCCCACCCUUUAUAACUUCUCCCAUUAUAAUUGGCACAGACAUCACAGCAAUGUAUGGCAAAUCGAAAAAUGCCUCGGUGCCUUCAGAUGCCCAGGCCCGAGAAAAGCUAGCACUUUAUGUGUAUGAAUAUUUAUUACAUGUAGGAGCUCAAAAAGCAGCACAAACUUUUCUAUCAGAGAUACGAUGGGAAAAGAAUAUUUCGUUAGGCGAACCUCCUGGCUUUUUACACACGUGGUGGUGCGUAUUCUGGGAUCUAUAUUGCGCUGCACCUGAACGUCGCGAUCAAUGUGAACACUCAUCGGAAGCGAAGGCUUUCCACGAUUAUGGAUUUGUAAGCUCGGGUUAUGCAGUAAAUGGUAUCGGCCCUGGAGGCCCACAUAAUGCUGGUGGACCAGCGCCUAGUCCACUCGGACAGAUGCCACCAGGAUCUGAUGGCCCUAUGGGCCCAGGAGGACCAAUGGGUACAAAUUUUUUUCCCAGCUCAACAAUGAGACCAUCUCCACCGACGCAUGCAUCAAGUCCGCAGCCUCCCCCAUCGCAAAUGAUGCCAGGCCAGCCACCAUUUAUGGGUGGACCACGUUAUCCAGGUGGUCCGAGGCCAGGUGUGCGUAUGCAGGGAAUGGGCAAUGACUUUAACGGGCCUCCGGGCCAGCCGAUGAUGCCCAACAGCAUGGAUCCGACACGGCCGGGCGGAAUGGGUCCAAUGAAUCCUCGCAUGAAUCCGCCGCGAGGUCCUGGAGGUAUGGGACCUAUGGGAUAUGGAGGCCCUGGUGGUAUGAGGGGUCCAACACCUGGUCCAGGUGGGAUGCCACCAAUGGGUAUGGGAGCAGGCGGAAGGCCACCUCAAUGGCAGCCAAACGCCACAGCGCCAAUGAACGCUUACUCGUCAUCAUCGCCUGGUAAUUAUGGACCCGGUCCCGGAUCGAAUGGGCCACCCGGUCCUGGCACACCUAUUAUGCCCUCGCCGCAAGAUAAUACACAAGCUGGUCCCGGUGGACCGGGUGAUAGUAUGUAUUCGAUGUUAAAACCAGAAUUUCCAAUGGGAGGACCAGACGGCGGAAGCGGUGGUCCUGGCGGGAUGGGGCCUAUGGGUGGUGGGCCAAAUUCUAUGGGACCCGUACUUAAUGGUACCGGUGGUGAUGGAUCCGGUUUAGAUGGAAUGAAAAACUCACCAGCCAAUGGUGGACCAGGCACGCCUCGCGAAGAUUCUGGUAGUGGUAUGGGCGAUUAUGGGCCUCUUGGACCUUUCGUUGGCACGACCGAAAGUGAUCAAACUGAAUCGGCAGCUAUACUGAAAAUCAAAGAAAGCAUGCACGAAGAAGCGAAAAGAUUUGAAAAAGACUCGGAGCAUACCGAAUACUUUUAACCACCUCAAGCAAGCAUCCAAAAUAUUAGAGAGCUCGCACAUUCUAUGGACAUGAUGACAACAAUGACAAGAAAAAUGAAGAGGGAAAAAUCAGCGACAGUCGAAUCCUUGGCAGCAUUAGUUUCUACUUUAACCUCUUUAGAAGCGGUGAGUCGUUUGAGUAAAGCUCUACGGAAAACUGGCGAUGCUUCAAAUGAUUUACAAUUACAUCACAGCAAUCUUUUCGAUGCUAUCCUUGAUAAAUGCAGCAGUGCGAAUUGAAACAUCAUCCAUUGAUAAUCAUAAUCAUAAUAUCUAUCACCGCAGAAACGAACCAUCAUUUUUCAUAAUUUUUUUUCCUCACACACUCAGUGAUCACUAUAUAAAAUCAUCCCAUUUGGGAUGGAGAGUCCACGUUUACGUCUACGCCUAUCACAACUACAACAAUUACUUCAUAUGUCUACGUUUAAGAGCGACACAAUUACGGCAAAAAAAAUUCACAGAAAACCCGUAUUUCUGGUAAAUGGCAAAAUUUGUAAAUGAUUUUUAAAAAAAUUAUGCAAAGAAAAUAUCUUAAAUUUAAGCAAAAUAACAAAAAAUUAUACACAGCUUUUAUAUGCAGAAUAAAAUGACGGAGAUUAACAAAAAAGACGAAAGAAAUAUUAUUAAACACACAAAUUAUACAUACAUCUACUGAGUUAGGGGCAUAUAAUGACAGCAACAACAACAACAACACCAAUAAUAAUAGUAAAAAUAAUAAUAAUGCAAAAUUAUUAAGCGAAUUGAAAAUCCAUUCAAGUACAUUAAGAAUGAUGAUAGCUUUUUGACAGUUAUGCUAAAUUCGUAGAAAAUCUGACAGACACCAGGUGCCACCAAGAAAAAGUACACGGACCACAUUUGAGAAAUUUUUUAAUAUCUAAAACCAAACAACAAUAGCCAAAUGAGAAGAAAUCGAUUAAAUUAAUCAUUGGUAAUAUUUUUUUUUUUUUUUUUUUUUUUUUUUUUUCUUGUUUAAUAAAGCCAAGCAGAGGAAAGGGAUUAUUAUUUCCGGAUUGUAUAAAAAAAAUUUACCGUAAACGUAUAGUGAUUCUUUACAAAAAAAAAAAAAAAAAAAAA